GAAUCGCCAUCAAGGCGUCGCAACAUCAGCCGGAGUAGCGUGCUGGAGGAGGUAACGCGGGGCGCGUCACGCUCCUCACCUCGUCACUCUCACCUCGUCUCCUCCUCCUCACCAUCUCUUGCCUUCACGCCCCGAUCGCACCCGAGCGAGAGGAGCGACGAUGUUGGGUGUCGCCAUUCUCACCGCGCUGCUCGCCAGCCUCGCCACCGUCGCUAUCCAGCUCCUCCUGCUGCUGCGCUUCCUCUCCUCCACCUCCUCCUCAUCCACCUCCUCAUCCUCCACAGCCACCUACCCACCCCGUGGCGCCGUCACCACUCGCCACCCCCGAUUGCUUUCCUUACUCCGCGGCGCGGCCUUUACCACCUCCACCACCACCUCCACAACCACCACCACCACCCCGCUCUCAUCCAGUUCCUCCACCACCACAACAACCACAUCAUCAUCCUCAUCAUCCUCCUCCACCACUUCCACCACAUCAGCAUCAUCAGCAGCAUCAUCGUCGUCGUCGUCGUCCCCGUACGAGGCGUGCCGCUGCUUGAACGCGCUGCUGCUCAGCGUCUUCUCGGAGCUGCGCGGCUCGUCGGAGCUGCGCGCCUGGGUCACCCGCAAGAUCCACGUGGAGAUGCUGGAGCUGCUGCAGGCGCGCACCGCGGGGCGGCUCGUCGAGGGCCUCAGCCUGCGCGACGUCUCGCUGGGCGACGCGCUGCCCGUGUUCCACGCCGUGCGGUGCACGGCGCUGCCGCGCAGGGACAGCGCCGGGCACGCGGCGCAGCAGACGGCCGACGACGAGGCGGCGGAACUACCGGACGAGCUGGAGCUGGAGGCGGACGUGGAGUACACGGGCGGCUGCUACGUGUGCGUCCACGCCGAGCUGGUGUUCGGCAAGCGCGCCGAGCUGUUCGUGCGCAUCGCGCGCGUGCGCGGCCCCCUGCGGGUGCGGGUGACGCGGGCGCCGCCCCUCGCCCACUGGAGCUUUGCGUUCACGCGCGACCCCCGGGCCGAGCUCGAGGUGCGCUCUCACUACGAGGGCCGCCCCAUGCCGCAGCUCACCACCGUCAUCGUCAACCAGAUCAAGAAGGUGCUGCGGCGGAAGCACACCCUGCCCAGCUACAAGAUCAGGUACAAGCCGUUCUUCCCAUCGCACGUUCAGGGCGACGGCGCCAGUGCGAGUCUUCCGGUGGCCGAGCUCAAACGAGGGACUCUGAAAGUUCAGCUCGUAGGAUGCAGCAGACUCCUUCUUCCGACUGCGCCAGACAGAGACACCGACGUUUACUGCAGCCUGGAGCUGGCGACCACCAAGUGUACAGGAGGUGUGAGGUUCCUCUUCAUUGAGAUACAAAUAUCGAAGGGGACCUCGCCGCUCAUAGGGCUCACGUUCCGCCAGAUCUCCGUGCCGGACGGGGAUCCGGACCUUGUGGUGGUCUCCACGGUGGUUCCCAACACGCCCGCCGCGGGCGCCGACGUUCGCAAGGACGAUCGUGUCGUGUCCAUCGCAGGUCACAACGUCUAUUCUCUGGUGCACGCCGGAAAGCUGCUCGCUUCGGCCGACCCCGUCCGGAUCGUGUUGCAGCGGGAGGAACCGCCCACCGGCGCUGUCCACUCAAGCCACGCGGCAGCGGGAGCCUCGGUGGCGGCGCCGCCGGUGGCGCCGGCGUCCGCGCCAAAAAACCUCCCGGUGGACGACUCUGCCAACCCCGAUUCGGACUUCGAGGAUCUCUGCUUGGCGACGACGAACGAAGCGCAGGCGGCUGACGAGACUCCGCGUUUGGCUGCGGUCGGCCUCAAACAGUCGCCGGCUCCUCCGGCUCCUGCUGGUGCCGCCGCCGGUGCCGCCGCAAAGAACGCCUCUCCGGGAGGUUCUCCGUCGCAUUCCGCCAAACCGAGGGAAGGAGCGGCGGCCUACUGCUCGAAGGCUGCCAAAGCGAGCGACGGCCGCGCUGCCGAGUGCCCGAGGGUACCCGCGGACGCAAACGCGUCCGAGUCUCAAGACGCGGGCGGCCCGAGCGGCCCGAGCGGCCCGAGCGGCCCCGUCAAACCGCCCGCUCCGCCGAGGCCCAAGGACAAGCCGGAAUCCGCCCCCGACGCCGACGCCGGCGCCGGCGGUCCCUCGACGGCGCGGUCGGCGAAAGGCUCCGCGGAGCGGGCGGCGAAAGCGGCGGCCAAGGCGGACGCCGCCGGCGCAGAGGAAGCGCCGGCGGCCGCCAGGGCGGACGUGUGGACGUCGACCAAGGCGGCGUACGGCAACAACGCCUGCGCCUGGACCGGCGGAGCCGCCGGCUGCGCCGAGUUCCGGGUGGAGGACCACCACAAGUAUGUGAACGUGCUGGUGUGGUGCCAGGAGCGCGUGGCCCCGGGGGCCCGGCCGGCCUGCGCCGCCGCCGCCGCGUGCGUGGGCCACGCGAGCGUCGGCGUGGACGAGAUCGUGUCGGAGUGCCUCGACACGGGCUCCCUGCGGUUCUAUCGCACCUACCUGCUGCGUCCGCCCGACCCCAAGCCGGCCGCCCUGCUCGGUCGGCCGCAGUUCAAGCAGCUUGCGUCGCACAAGGGGUUCAACGAGGAGCUGUGCUUCGGCGAGGUCACGCUGCACUUUUCGCACGCCUACGCCGACGGCUUCAGAGGGGCGUCGGCGGGGCCCAGGGCGGCGGUAAAAACGCGCGGAACGGGAUCGCUGGACAACGACGCCUCGGAUUCGGAGAGGGACGACGGCGCCUUGCGGACGACGGAGGCGUCGAGGCACGACUUCAGGGACGCGCUCUUUCAAAAUCCGACCAACUGCGACUACUGCAAGAACCAAAUCUGGACCAAUUCGGGGUCCAGGUGCAGCCGCUGCGCCUACGUCUGCCACAAGAAGUGCCGCGAGAAGUACCAGGCGGAGAAGCCGCGGUGCUCGCGCGACGGCGCGGGCCCGGGGACCCGGCAGACGGACCGCCAGCGGCCCCAGAGCAUGCACAAGGCGGCGGCGCUCGCUCGCAACCUCAUCCCCUACGCUCGCAAACGCCUGCAGCUGCGCCCGGGAGCCAAGCGGACCGGCGACGACGGGCCGCCCGAGACGGCUCACGGCGUCGUCUGCGAAACCGAGGGCGCCGCCGGCGGCGGCAGCGGCGCAGACGAGGGUUCCGACGCGGCGGACGGGACGCGCCGGGGAUCGGCGGGUGCCAACCGCGACGGCGGCCUCCACGACAGCGUCUUCGUGGCGGUGAAGGAAAUCGGGCGGGCGCUCUACCGGGACCUCCCGAGCGCCGAGCGGCAGCAGAAGCUCGAGCUGAUGCUGGAGAAGCUGCAGUGCGAGAUCGAGGCCGAGCUGGAGAGGAACAGCACGCUCAAGCAAGACCCGGCGGCGGCCUCGGCGGCCUCGGCGGCCUCGGCCGACCCGGCCCGCGCCACGGCCGAGCUGAUCGCCGUCGAGGUGAGGAAGUCCAACGAGCGGCUGCAGGCGCUCACCCUGCUCAUGCUGCACUACCGCGCGGGCCUCGAGGACCUGGAGCUGGCGCGGGUUGACCCCCCGGAGGCGGCGCCGGAGCUCGCGGCUCGCUCGGAGGAGCAGGAGGAGCGGCGUGGCGGAAACCCGCGGCUCUCGGACGGCGAGGCGGGGGGCGGCGGCCGGGAGUCGGCCCAUUGCGGUGAUCUCGGCGGCAAGGCCCGUUGCGCAGAAGCCACCGACACGCGUCCGCAGGGCCCGAGUGCGGACGUCGCGCGCGCUGCUGCUACUGCUGCUGCGGCCGAGCAAGAAGAAGGUGGUGGUGGUGGUGGUGGUGACGACGACGACGAUCAGAUUUCGUUGGAGCGCGUUGAUGUCGAAGGCCGCGCGGAUGUUGAAACAUCCGUUGCGGAUCAAAGACUUGAAGGAACUGAAGAAGAGGCAUCCGAGUUGGAGGUCGGCGAUGAUACCGACUGCGAGAAAACUUGAAAGUCAACGCGGGAGACGAAGCUAUCGUAAGCUUACCCGGUUCACUUGUAAAACAGGGGUUUAAAUGAUUUCAGAUUCUAACUGUGCACAGGGACUCCUCUUCUUACAAACUUUCAGAGAUACGAACAAACGAGUGGGCUGUUCGGACCGAGAUCCGUAAGUUCAACCGCCGCGCAAUAGAUGGCGGUGGUGGCUUCUACAUCUGCAGAACGUGAAGAACCGGUGGCAU